ACCCCCUGACACCCCCCGCCCCCCCUCCCACGGGCACCGGGACCCCCGGCCCCAGAUGGAGCCGCUGAUCCCGCCCGACCCCCCCGGCUCCCCGGACCCCCUGGAGGAGCCGGACCCCCUGCUGCUGGACCCCCCCGGGGACACCGGGUGAGCGCGGGGGGGACACGGCGGCUGGGGGGGCGGCAGGGACAUGGGUGUCCCCAAUGCCCGCCACGGGACCCCCCACCCAUGCAGGGCGCCCCGGGGGGGGUGAUGAUGGCGAGGGGGCUGGGACACACGGGGUGGGCACAAGGUGGGCGGGGGGUCCCCAAGGGGUGCGGGACAUUGCGGGGGGCAGACCCUGUCCUGGGGGGGCAGUGGGAUAGGACCCCCCUCCUCAUCCCCUCGGGGCACUGGGGGAACUCCAGGGUCCUUCAUUGUGGGGAGGGGGGGGGUCCCACAUUUCGGGGGGGUCCUGCAUAUUUGAGAGAAGUGCCCCUCAUUUGGGGGUUGGUCCCACAGUUUUUGGGGGUGUCCCAUAUUUGGGGGGGGUUCUACAUCGGGGGGAUCCUCUAUUUGAGGGGUGUCCCACAUUUGGGGUGUGCUCCCACAUUUGGGGGGGGUCUCACAUUUGGGGUUCCCCUCAUUUGGCGGGGGUCCUGUAUUUGGGGGGGUUCCAUAUUUCCGGGGGUGUCCCUUUGGGAGGUGGUCCCACAUUUGGGGGGUCCCACAUUGGGGGGUGUGCUCCCACAUUUGGGGGGGUCCCACAUUUGGGGUUCCCCUCAUUUGGGGGGAGUCCUGCCUUUGGGGUUCCCCUCAUUUGGGGAGGUUCCUGCAUUUGGGGGGGGGGUCCCCACAUUUCCAGGGGUGUCCCUUUGGGAGGCGGUCCCGCAUUUGGGGGAUUCCAGAUUUGGUUUUCCCACAUUUGGGGGGGUCCCACAUUUGUGGGGGUCCCACAUUUGGCGGGGGUGCUGCAUUUGGGGGGAUCGCAUAUUUCCGGGGGUGUUCCUUUGGGAGGCGGUCCCACAUUUGGAGGGGGUCCCACAUUUGGGGUUCCCCUCAUUUGGGGGGUCCUGCAUUUGGGGUUGGUCCCACAUUUCCAGGUGUGUCCCUUUGGGAGGUGGUCCCACAUUUGGGGGGGGGUCCCACAUUUUGGGUUUCCCACAUUUGGGGGGGUCCCACAUUUGGGGUUCCCCUCAUUUGGGGGGGGUCCUGCAUUUGGGGGGGGUCCCACAUUUCCAGGAGUGUCCCUUUGGGAGGUGGUCCCACAUUUGGGGGGGGUUUCACAUUUUACGUUCCCCUCAUGUGGGGGGGGGGGUCCUGCAUUUGGGGGGGUCCCAUAUUUCGGGGGUGUUCCUUUGGGAGGCAGUCCCACAUUUGGAGGGGGUCCCACAUUUGGGGUACCCCUCAUUUGGGGGUGGGUCCCACAUUUUGGGUUUCCCAUAUUUGGCGGGGGUCCCACAUUGGGGGGUGUCCCCCCCAACACCGCCCCCCAUCACUGUCUCCCCCAGGGAGGACGAGGAGCAGCUGGAUGUCCCCCCCCCGCUGCCCCCCGUGACGGUGACGGCCCUGUCGGGGACCAUGCGCCUCUACAGCUGCUCCGCGGGGGGGUCCCCACCGUGUCCCCCCCCCAGCAAACCGCUGGUGCUGCUGCUGCCCUGGCUGGGGGCGCGGGGGCGGGCGCUGGAGCGGUUCCUGUCCCUGUACCUGUGCCAAGGGCUGGACGUGCUGCUGGUGGGGACAGCGGUGUGGCACGUCCUGUGGCCUUGGCACGGGCAGCGCCUGGCGGGGCGGCUGCUGCGCCUGCUGGACCGCGGGGACACUGCUGGCGCUGGGGACACUGUGGGUGCUGGCACUGGUGGUGAUGGUGGUGGUGACAGUGGUCGUGGUGGCAACGGUGACACUGGUUGCAAUUCUGGGGGUGGCAGUGAUGGCAUUGGAGGUGAUGGUGGUGGCACUGGUGUUAUUGGUGGUGGUGGUGGCAAUAGUGACAUUUGGGGCAGUGGUGGCAUUGGAGGUGGUGCUGGUGGCAGUGGUGGCAAUAGUGACACUGGGGGCAGUGGUGGCAUUGGAGGUGAUGGUGGUGGCACUGGUGUUAUUGGGGGCAGCGGUGGCAAUAGUGACAUGGGGGGCAGUGGUGGCACUGGAGGUGAUGCUGGUGGCACUGGUGUUAUUGGUGGUGGUGGUGGUGCUAGUGGCAAUAGUGACAUUGGGGGCAGUGGUGGCAUUGGAGGUGAUGGUGGUGGCAAGGGUGGCACUAGUGGCAUUGGUGGCACUGGUGCUGUCAGCAGCGGUGGCACCAGUGUUGCUGGCGGUGGCCACAGUGACAUUGGGUGCAAUGAUGGCUUUGAAGGUGAUGGUGGUGCUGGUGGCAAUGGUGGGGCCAACAGUGGCGUUGAAGGUGAUGCUGGUGUUGGCAAGGUUGGCACUAGUGCCAUUGGUCACCAUAGCAGCACUGUUGGCAGCGGUGGCACCGGCGUUGCUGGUGGUGGCCAUGGUGACAUUGGGUGGAACAGUGGCUUUGAAGGUGAUGGUGGUGGCAAUGAUGGUGGCAAUGGUGGCGGUGGCACCAGUGGGGCUGUUGGUGAUGGUGACACUGGUGACGCUGGUGGCCCGGGUGGCUUUGGCCUGGCCACGCGGCCGCUGCUGGUCCACGCCAUCUCUGCCGGCGCCUACACGUUCGCACAGCUGCUGCUGCUCCUGCAGCGCCGGCCCCGGCAGUGCCAGCGCCUGCAGCCCCGCGUGCGCGGCAUCGUCUACGACAGCCUGGUGACCGGUGGCAUCGGGGACAUGGCCCACGGCAUCGCCGGCUCGGUCCGCACGCCGUCCCUGCGCCCCAUGGCCCGCGCCGCCGCCCGCCUGUCCCUGGGGGUCUUGGGGUGCUGGGGGGGCCGCGCAUUCGCUCGGGCGCGGGGGGCGUUCGCCAGCCCCCCCCUGCGCUGCCCCCUGCUCCUGUUCUACAGCCAGGACGAUGCGCUGGGCCGGGUGCCGGUGCUGCGGGCGCUGCUGCGGGGCUGGCGGGCGCAGGGCAUCCGGGCGCACGCCCGCGGGUGGGCGCGCUCACCCCACGCCGCGCACCUGCGCCGGCACCCCGUGGCGUACCGGCGGGCGCUGCUGGCCUUCCUGCGCUCGCUGGACACGACGGGCCCCCCGGCACGGCCCCGCUCGCGGCUCUGAGCGCGGACAGACGGACGGACGGACAGACGGAGCGGCACGAUGGGACCAAAGGAUGCGGCAGCGUGGGGCUGCGCUGGUGCGUGGGGCUGUGCCGUGGUGUGCGAAGUCAUGGCCAAGGUGUGCAAAUUCAUGCCCGAGGUCUGCAAACUCAUGCUCAUGGUAUGCAGACUUGUGCCACGGCGUGCAAAGUCAUGCCCAUGGUGUGCAAAGCUGUGCCAAGGUGUGCAAAUUCAUGCCUGUGGUGUGCAAACUCGUGCCAAGAUGUGUGGAGUCAUACCCGUGGUGUGCAAACUCGUGCCCAUGGUGUGCAAAGCUGUGCCAUGAUGUGCAAAGUCAUACCUGUGGUGUGCAAAUUCAUACCUGUGGUGUGCAAAGUCAUGCCCAUGGUGUGCAAAGCUGUGCCAAGGUGUGCAAAUUCAUGCCCAUGGUGUGCAAAGUCAUGCCCAUGGUGUGCAAACUCAUGGCCAAGGUGUGCAAAUUCAUGCCCAGGGCCUGCAAAUUCACGCCCAUGGUGUGCAAACUUGUGCCAUGGUGUGCAAAGUCAUGCCCAUGGUGUGCAAAGCUGUGCCAAGGUGUGCAAAUUCAUGCACAAGGUGUGCAAAUUUAUGCCUGACGUCUGCAAACUCACACCCAUGGUGUGCGAACUUGUGCCAUGGUGUGCAAAGUCAUGCCCAAGGUGUGCAAACUUGCGCCAAGGUGUGCAAAUUCAUGCCCUUGGUGUGCAAAGCUGUGCCAAGGUGUGCAAAUUCAUGCCCAUGGUGUGCAAAGUCAUGCCCGAGGUCUGCAAACUCACGCCCAUGGGGUGCAAACUUGUGCCAUGGUGUGCAAAGUCAUGCCCAAGGUGUGCAAAGCUCUGCCAAGGUGUGCAAAGUCAUACCCGUGGUGUGCAAACCUGUGCCAUGAUGUGCAAAGUCAUACCCAUGGUGUGCAAAUUCAUACCCACUCUGUGUAAAUUCACGCCCAUGGUGUGCAAAUAUGUGCCAAGAUGCGUGGAGUCAUA